UGCAGAGUUGACGCGGUAUUUGCCGUCUUCUUCCCAGCUCUCAUCCUAUCCUACGCCCUCUUCGUAUUUCACGACGACCUCAAGGCUGUGAAGAUCCGCCAGAAAUUCUUCCCUCCCCGCAUAUUUGAGCGUAAAGCCCGCAACUAUGUCAGCCCCAAGGAGUUGAACAUGUUCAGCACAGACUUCGAAAGUCUUUUAGUGCGCAGUGCGUGGGACGUCUUCCUAAAGUUGAGCUUCAGCUUACUCGCGUGCUUCCGGUGGGGUAAAAUUACGAUGCUCCUUCUACAAAGAGAGCAGCAGACAGCAACUUCGGACGAUUGUCGGCAUUUUUUUCGUUGUCUUGGUGUGGGGUGCGUCGUGUACACCGCCAUCGCUGUGCACUUAUCCCAGUCCUCGUGCUCGUCGUACCCACAGUGCGUUCAAUUCUCUUUUCUGUGGACUCCGGGAUCAUCGAAUUCCGGUUGCAAAUGCCUAGCGUACGUCGAUCGCGACUUGGCGCCAGCGGAUUCCGACAAUCUAACGGACGUAACGCAGACGCUGGCAGAACUGGCGGCUGCCGGCAGCCUCCAAACCGUGCAGCUCGUGAAUCGGAAGAUCAACGGAUCGAUCCCCGACGAGCUCCAAACGUGUCAAGGACUUCGAAACCUAGUGCUCAUUCACACUGGAGUCGAAGAAUUUCCGUCGUGGUCGGCAACAUCGUUUACCAAGAUGGAGUACUUUCACAUCGAGGGAGACACGAGCGACACCAACCUCAUCAAGCUUCCGACGGAUCUUUUCACCUCGAUGACAAAUCUGCACACGGUCCACCUCUCCUACCACUCGAACCUGCAAACACUCCCUUCUCUAAUCGGGCUUCAAACCCUCGAGAGCGUCUACUUUGGGUAUUUGGAUAACAUCAAGGAAAUCCCGUCGACGGAAGAUCUACCAGCCUUGCAAGUCAUGGCGUUGGAGGGGCUUCCGCUGGUUCGGUCGCUUCCGGACGUCGCUCAGUUCGAGGGCACACUGGAAAUGGUGUUUGCGCAAGAUGUGCCUGCCUGUUGUAGUGGGUUUCUGAGCGAGGGCGACUGCAAUACGACGUUCCCAAGUUACCGCGGGUUGGACGACAGUCAGGACGGUAAUAGUAGAAACGGUAGCGGACACGACUCGUUAUCACGAAGCUGUCUCGACUUGCCGGAGGACGAAUCUCUUCUCCCAACUGACGCAACACUUGCCAUUUUGAACCAGUUCGAGACCAAUAGCUCCAACUUCUGCGAUGCUGCCCAAGCAACGUGUCCGACUGCGGUCUUGGCUGGCAAACGCAAAGAUGACGACAUCUGCAGGGGCGUGUUGUAUCGCCAGUGCUCGUCGGAGUCGGAAGGUACCGGGAUUUGUUUCAACGAAGAGAUGGGGAUGGUCGAGUGCACCUACUCGCAAGCGACGAUCAAUAUGCGCAAGGAGGAGAUCGCAGCUGGCUGCAGCUGUGACGAGGUCGAGGAGCAAUGGCUCGGUUGUGAAUGA